AUGGCUACUCACUGAAAGACAUCAAAAAGCCAAAAAAAAAGAAGAAAAAAAAAAACAAAAAAUCAAAAAUAAAUAAAAACAAAAAAAAAAAAAAAAUUACAGUAUUAACAUCUAGGUCUUCUGUACAGUUGUAUUGUUAUAACAUCUCUCCUUCUAGUGUGUUAUGAAUAAUCAAAUAAUAAUUUUGUUACUAUCAACAUAAACACCGUAAAAAAAAAAAAAAAACCGACCACCUAAAUUGAAGUAUUAAACAAAAAAACUAAUAAUUAAGAAAGCUUUAAAGAUUCUAAUGUUGUAACAAUUGUUACAACAAAAGAAGUUUGUAAAUGUAAUAAAAUAUUUAAUGGUGUUAUAUGUUGUUCUAAUAAAAAAACGUGGACGCCAUCAUUAGAUGUUGAAUAGAGGUUGGGAAUAACAAAACGUUUCAACAACUCGACAAUUGCCGAAAUGGAAGAUAAUCAAACAUCGGAAAAUGUCGCUAUAAUACCGGACAUGUCCGAAUCAUUAGCGAGUGAAACCGAGGAAUCAUCAAAUUUGACGACUGAACACGAGGCACAUCCUGUUGCUGUAACAACAACAACAUCAUUACAAGGUGUAUCAAAUGUCCAGGGUGUACCAGUAUCAGUACCACUUGGUUCACUCAUUGGUGUUGCUAAUAGCAGCAAUGGCACCUACAACGUCAUCACUUCUGACCAAUUACAGCUUCCUGCCUCUGGAAAUUACAAGCACAUGCUAUGCGUUGAUAAUGCAUAUGUACACGACAAAGAUUGGAAUGGAGAAGUAAAAACAGCUCAUUUUGUUUUACAUGAAGAUAAUGAUAGUGAUAUACGUAUGACAACAAGUAAUAAUCAACCAUUAUGUUCAUGGACUGAAUCAGCAAAUAUGUCUGUAUUACCAGUUAGAUGUAAAAAUACAAAUGCUGAUUUAUAUAAAGAACGUUUUGGAUCUGGUGGACGUGGCAAAUGUAUUAAACUUGAUAAUAAAUGGUAUACACCAAGUGAAUUUGAAGCAGUAUGUGGACGUGCAUCAAGUAAAGAUUGGAAACGUAGUAUUAGAUUUGGUGGUAGAUCAUUACAAACAUUAAUUGAAGAAAAUAUACUUAAACCACAUGCAACAAGUUGUACAUGUUCAGCAUGUUGUGAUGAUGAAAGUGCAACUGGACCAAUACGUUUAUUUACACCAUAUAAAAGACGUAGAAGAACACGUGAACCAAUUGAUGGUGAACCACCAGUUAGAAAAAUGAAAAAUGAUAAUUCACAUGAUGGUAGUAAUAAUGAUGAUAGUGAUAUUGAUAAUACUGAAAAUAAAGAUGUAUGGCCACAAUUUUUAACAACAGAUGGUCUUGUUGUACAUCAAUCAGGUGAACAAGAAAUUAUACAAAAUGUUCAUACAGUACAAGAGAAUAUUCCAAUUGAUGAAUCAUUAAAAAAAUGGGAUGAAUUAUCAAAAAAAAUGUUACAAAUGUCAUAUGAAUUUCGUCGUACUGUUGAAGAAGCUAUUGAACUUGGUAAACAAAGAAAAAAAGAACAACAACAACAACAACAACAGCAGCAACAGCAGCAACAACAGCAGCAACAACAACAGCAACAAAUUGUAACACUUGAUUCAAGAGAAGAAAUUAUUGAAACAGUUGGAUUUCAAUUAUCAGCAAAUACACACAGUAAAAAAUGUGUUAAUUGUGAUCGUGAUGCAUUAUCUGAAUGUUCAAUGUGUCGGCGUACAUCAUACUGUUCAACAUUUUGUCAACGCAAAGAUUGGGCUAGUCAUCAAAUUGAAUGUGUACGUGCUCAUGAAACUCAUGAAACUCAUGAAACAGUUAUGCUUGUUGUUGGUACAACCAGUGGUGAUCCUUGCAUAUCUCUCGAAGAAACCAGGACCAAUAGUUAAAUAUAUAUUUUUACAUUAUUUUUUUUUUUUUUUUUAAUCUCUAUUAAUAUUAGUAAUAGUAAUAAUAAUUAAUAUGAAUUAUAAUCAGUAUGAUUUAUUGAAAGAAGAAAAAAAAAAAAUUUAUAAAUAUUAUUAAGAGGUAUUUAAUAAAAUUAAUAAAUCGUACCAUCG